AUGUCUAACUCACCUACUAAGGAGGCCCCCGAUGCCGUCGAUCGCCAGAUCGAGAACCUCACCAAGGACAUCGAGCAGCUGAAGCUUCAGAUCCGCAACCGAUUCUCAUACCAGACUCAUCACCAUGUCCAGGAGAUCCCCCACCUGGUUGACGAUUGGAAGGAGCAGGCUAAGAACAAGUGGUUCGAGAACCGCGAGAAGAAGGGCAAGGACCGCUACUGUCCUCUCACACAGGAGAAGUCUGAAGACCUUGCUGAUGCCAUGUAUCAGAACCGCGAAACCAUCAUCUCGAACUUGAAGAUUGGCAAUGAGGGCUUCAAGAAGCAGAUCGAAGAACUCAAGCAGAAGUCCGUUGGACACUUGACUGGUUUGAUCAUCGAGCGCUUCGAGGCUUUUGUUGUUGCUCGCGAGAAGAUGAUCAUCGCCGUCGAGAAGGAGAAGGAGGACCUUGUCGAGGCCAAGAUCCGACGCGAGGAGUACGAGUACUCCGACCACUGGAUCUUCAAGAUGUGA